AAAAUGGAAUAUUUCAAAGGUGGCAAUGUCGCUCCAAUCAAAAAAUAAGUUGAACAAAACGGAAUAUUCCAAGCACAUGACCGGAGACGCAUCCAAAUUUAGGAGCUUAGAAUAUUUCAAAGGUGGCAAUGUCGUUUUUGGUGACAACAACAAAGCAAGGAUCAUUGGAAGUGGCACCGUCGGGAGAGACAAUGUUACAACCGUUGACGGCGUUGAGAACGUUCUUCUUGUUGAGGGCCUCAAGCACAAUCUUCUUAGCAUUAGUCAAUUGUGCGAUAGAGGUAAUCGUGUCAUCUUUGAUUCUAGUAAAUGCAUUGUAGAACGCUUGUGUGACAAUAAGACUAUUCUUUGUGGUAGUAGAGUAGAUAACAUUAACAUGUUUGAUCUUGAAAAUUCCCCGUCUAUCUUAGCUAAGUGCCUCAUCACCAAAGAGGAAGAAACGUGGCUUUGGCAUCGUCGGAUAGCUCACGUUAUUAUGGACCAUCUUAAUAAGUUGGUUUCUAAAGACUUAGUAAUUGGUGUUCCUAAACUUAAGUUUGAGAAGAAUCUAAUUUGUGAUGCAUGUCAAAAAGGGGAAGCAAAGGAGUCUAUUCAUGUUGUCUUUGAUGAAUUUGAUGCUCGCUUGGCGAGAAAAGAUAUUGUUGAUAAUGUUGCAGGUUCUUAUGACGAUAAAGAAUAAAUCGUUAAGGAAAAGGAACCGGAAGAAGAGAAAACACAUGAGCAAACGGAGCUUCCUAAAGAGUGGAGAACCUUGAAGAAUCACCCGAUUGACAAUGUCAUUGGUGACAUAACGCAGGGAGUUUCUACUCGUAAUUCUCUUAUGAACACAAUUAAUCACAUGGCCUUUG